AUGAUGAGCGUCUUCUACAUGGUGUCCAGUUACGCCAUCUUCUUCUAUGUUGGUGGGCUUCUCAUGCGUCUUGUUGUGGUGCAGCCGCUGAGCAACGCCAAUGCGGUGCGAUGGUGCUUCGCCAGCACCUUUGCGCUGUCGCUGUCGCUCUUCAGCGCGGUCUUAGUAGACAUGGCAGAAGCAUCGCUGUUUCCAUCCGCUGCUGCUGCCGCUGCUGAGGACGGUGCGGACGUCAUCGCGGCAGCGGAUGGCAAGUGGGUGUCAUGGCUGUCGACGGUGUCGUUGUUUCUUCACCCUUUCAUGCAGGUUAACGCGCAGUCCUUCACGUGGCUGUUGCUGUUCUUGCUUAGCACCGUGCUGCUCGCCUGCCCCACCGUCUUCAUAAUCUCGUUUCUGCGUCACGCGCUCGUCCAUGGUGGUGGCCGCCGGACCGCUGGAAGACGGUGCUGCAACUCUCGGAGGCCAUCUGGAGGCAUGCGCGGCUUUGGAGGUCUCAGUGCGGGUCGUUCGUGCAGCAGACGUUUUAGCAGUCGGCCACGCUCCGAGUUGUCCUCGCCUUUCCAACAGGACUGGGCAGAUACAAAGCCUUCACAUGAAUUCUGCAAACGACUGCGCUGGGCGCUGAUGUGCUUGCUGGUGAUGUCGCUCAUCUGUGCUGGUGCGUGGGCGGCGCGCACAAGGCGACUGAGUGUGCCGUCGGUGCGGCAAACCACCAUCACGGCUGCACGGCGAGUGUACACGCAACUGCAGAGCCGCACAACGAUGCUGAACGUGCCGCAGGAGAUCAGAAGUACAGGCGCCUCUGCUAUGAGUGGUGGCGCAGCAGCCCCGUCUGCACCGCAGGCGGUCGCUCAAGAGGGCAAGGACGCAGAGGCUGGCCUCGAGGUCGAGGCCGACCGUGUUAUGGAAUCCUUCGCUGGCGCGAAAGGGGAGGUACCUGGUGAUGGCAGUGAUGUGUCUGGACAGGCGCAGCCACCACAACAGCCGCGGCGGCGAUCUCCAGUCGCGGACGCCGCGCACUCGAUCCCGACCACCGCGGCAGACCUGCACGCGCUGGUGUGCGCCGUGACCUCGCGCGUCGCGACCGUUGGUGUGGCGAUGAUCGGCCUCUUAUCGGGCUACGCAGCCAUCACUUCUCCAUGUUUGUUCGUGGCGCCCUACACAUACUGGCGCGGUCGCGAGGAGGAGUUGCGGAAGGCGCAACAGAACUUUAACAAGAAGCUGUGCUACGUGUUGAACGGCUACGGGGCAGCGCAGCGCCAGAUCGCUGCCCUGCAGUACGGCGUGUUGCAUGAAGAGUGGGCCUCACCGGUAUUCUCUUCUGCCGACUCACCGAGUCCGCACCGCGGGCGCUCGUUGUCGCCAUUAAGGCAGAGCCCAACAUUGCACAGCGUAGGCGGUGGCGGUGACCCACUGACCCACUAUCGCUCCCUGUAUCCAGGCUCUAAGGGCAGCAGCGGCAUCAGCGACUACCCCGCGAAGGGAGGUCUGCCGGGUGAAAGUGACUCAUGGCAGUCCCCCGGCCUCGGCAAUCAGCCCCCGUUGUCGUACGUGCCACCGCUCCAGGCACAGCAUCGAGGCUCUACCGGCGCUGUCGGGUGGCUUCAGCAGACGCUCUCUAAUGCCGCUCAGAUUUUCGCUGGUGGCACCUCAGGCGUGUCACCUGGUAGUUGUGUCUCCCCCAGGAACCUGACCUCAGUCGCCAGCAACCCUGCUCUCUCCCGCCAGCGAGCCAUCGCAUGCAUUACUACACUACGCGGCGAGUCGAACGCCUCACGCUUCCUCAGCCUGUCGAUGUACCUUCAGCUGCGUGAGGUGGAGGGCAUGCUGUGUGAAGCGCAGCGCGGAGCGACUUGGGUGGGUCGGUGGUACGCCGGCCUCGGGGUGGUCAUGGGGCUCUACUCGGCCGUCAAGAUUUGCUUGACUGUGGCGAGUCUGUGGCUGUUCAAGGCCUCCACGCUGGACCCCGUCACGCGAGCGGUGAUGCUGCUCGAGAAGACCUUCAUCUUACGUCGGCGCGUCGCCGACGGCGACGCGUCCUUCUCUGUAACCGCCGUAGAGGUCAGCGCCCACGUCAUUCUCGCGCUGGCGCUGGUGGUGAACGGGUGGAUGAUAGUGAACUCAAUCCGCGGCGUGCUCUUGGCGCUCUUCCACGUGACCAUGUCCUUCAGCGGGUCCGCAAUCAGCCGACCAGACAUAAUUGCUGUCGGUCUUUCGAUGAUGAUCGGUGUGUACUUCAUUGGUCAGCUCGUCAUGCUGCGCUCGUCUCUUCCAGGAACCGUUGCAAGCCCACUCGAAGGGGUGCCGCCGCCUGCCGGCACCGCCUCACCCAACGUCCUCCUCGCCGUGCUGGGGUCGCUGCCCUACUACUACUACCAGCGGCUGAAUGACUGGUGCUUUGUGGUCGGCUGUGGCGGCGCCGUCGUCGUGCACAGGUUUGUGCUGCACGAUACGGUGUCCUCUGUCGUGUACACUGCUAGCGGUGGCGAGGAGCAAUAUCCAAUGGGGUGA